CCGCCACUUCCCGCGGGCGUCGCUCGGCGGCGGGCGUGCUGCCCCCGCAGGAAGCGGCCCGGCCCCUCCCGCCGCUCGCCGCGGGCUCAUGCAGUGUGCGGCGCGGCGGGAUGGGCGCGGGGACGGGGAUGGAUCCGGCGGCGAGCGCUGAGCCACGGCCCCUCGCGCUGCUGCCGCUGCUGCUGCUGCCGCUGCUGCUGCCCGGUGGCGCCGCCGGCCUGGAGGUGCAGCGCAAAUUCGUCUCGCCCACGCCCACCAACAACUUCGCGCUGGACGGCCCCGGCUCUCGCGUCUACCUGGCGGCGGUCAACCGCCUUUUCCAGCUGUCGGGGGGCGAGCUGGCGCUGCAGGCGGAGGCGGCCGUGGGGCCGGUGCUGGACAGCCCGCUGUGCCACGCGCCGCAGCUGCCGCAGGCCUCCUGCGAGCACCCCAAGGUGCUCACCAACAACUACAACAAGAUCCUGCAGCCCGAUCCCGAGCAGGGCGUGCUCGUCGUCUGCGGCUCCAUCUACCAGGGCCUCUGCCAGCUCCGCAGCAUGGCCAACAUCUCGGCCGUGGCCGUGCGCUUCCCGCCGGGCGGAAGCGACCCUCUGGCCGUGUUCCCCAGCAUGUUGAACGUGGCCGCCAACCACCCCAACGCCUCCACCGUGGGGCUGCUGCUGCGGCGGGGCAGCGGCGGCGGGGGGGGCGCGCGCUUGCUGGUGGCCGCCACCUACACGGGCUUCGGCAGCCCCUUCUUCCCCCGCAACAGCAGCCUGGAGGAUCACCGCUUCGAGAACACGCCGGAGAUCGCCAUCCGCGCCCUCAACGCGCGCGGCGACCUGGCCAAGCUCUUCACCUUCGACAUCAACCCCUCCGACGACAACAUCUUCAAGAUCAAGCAGGGAGCCAAGGCUCGCCACAAGCUUAGCUUCGUCCGCGCCUUCCUGCAGCGCUCCCGCCGCCCCUACGCCUACCUGGCGCUCAACAGCGAGGCCAACGCGGUCGACAAGGAGAGCCCUUCGCACAGCCUGCUGGCCCGCAUCUGCCUGGGCGACGCGGCGGAGGCCACGCUCAACGGCAGCGGCGAGCCCAAGAAGCUGACCGAGUCCUACAUCCAGCUGGGGCUGCGCUGCGGCGGCGCCGCCGACGCCUUCACGCGCCUCGUGUCGGUGUUCCCGGCGCGGGCCGCCUGGGGGGCUCCCGCCGAGGAGGAGCUUCUCUUCGGCGUCUUCGAGCGCGUCGGGGCGGGCGGCGGGCGGCCGCACUCCGCUCUCUGCGUCUUCCGCUUCGCCGAGAUUGAGGAGACGAUCCGCGCCGCCCGCAACUCCUGCUUCGUGAGCCCGGCCGCGGGGAUGGUGGCGGUGCUGGACAGCGUGGUGCAGGGCACCGGGCCCGCCUGCGAGAAGAGGAACAUCCAGCUGCAGCCGGAGCAGCUGGACUGUGGAGCAGCGCACCUGCAGCAUCCGCUGGCCAUCGUGAACCCCAUCACUGCCACCCCCAUCUUCACCUACAACGGCCUCACUGCUGUGGCAGUCGCCAGCGUCAACAACUACACUGUGGUGUUCCUGGGCACUGCCAGCGGAGGACUCCUGAAGAUUAACCUGGACAGUGCCAUGAGGGUUGUUAGCCGGAGGUCCAUCUCAGUGGCUUACGGAGAGCCUGUCCACCCCAUCAUGCAGUUUGACCCCUCUGAUCCCACCUACCUCUAUCUGAUGACGUCCUAUCAGAUGACCCGAGUGAAGGUGGCUGCCUGUGAGCAGUAUUCGACGUGUGCAGAGUGCCUGGCUGCAGCAGAUGCAUACUGCGGGUGGUGCACCAUGGAGACCAGGUGUUCUCUGCAGCAUGAGUGCAUGAACUUCACAGAAGCCAAUUUCUGGGCAAGCGCAAGUGAAGGAGUGCAGCAGUGCCCUUCAAUGACCAUUUUGGAGCCUGAGAUUAAUACUGACAAAGAGAACCCGGUCCUGAUAAUACAAAUAAAUGGAACUAUCCCGAACCUAAACGGAACAAACAUUUCAUGCGAUUAUGGAAAUAAUAUCCGCACUGUAGCCAGAGUUGCUGGAGAUUAUGCAAACCAAUUUAUUUACUGCAGUUUACUUCCACGUCAGAAAUACCCUGCAUUUCCAAAAGACCAAGACCACGUGACAGUCAAAACAGCUCUCCGGGUCAACGGCAAAAAUAUUAUCCAGGCCAAUUUCACCAUCUACGAUUGCAAAAGAACUGGAAACAUUUACCCAAAAAGAGCGUGCACCAGGUGCCUCUCGACCAAGUGGAAGUGUUACUGGUGCCCCUCCAGGUACAUGUGUGUCUCCAACCACUCAUGGUGUGAGGAUGCGCUGCAGAUGAGGAAUAAAAUAGACUGCCCACAGAUUGUACCAGCCCCGCUGGACCCAAUGCCCACAGGAAUGUCACGAGACAUCACCAUCACACUGGCCAAUGCAAUCUUCUCUGAGGAGACAACCCUGGAGUGCCACUUUGGGAUGGAGAGGACGUUUGAAGCCCGCUGGGUGAACUCCUCUGCUGUGGAAUGUGUCCAUGUGUUGCUCCACACGUCAGAAAAAAGCCAUCUCUUCCCAAUAAACCUUCAGCUGAAGGACAGACCCGACAGAUUUAUCGACAGUCCAGAGAUGAUGACAGUGGAGGUGUACAACUGCGCAACAGGAAGUGCUGACUGCUCCCAGUGCCUUGGCAGGGAGGACCUGGGACAUCGGUGUGUCUGGAGCGAGAGCAGCUCCAGCUGCAGGCUGAGCACUGAGUCUCCCCUGCCCUCAGACGUGUGUCCAGCUCCUGAGAUUAAGAAGAUCGAGCCACUGCGUGGGCCACUGGAGGGGGGCACUCUGCUGACCAUCCAAGGGAGGAACCUGGGCCGCCGCUUCAGUGACAUCCAAGGGGCCAUCAGGAUAGGGAGCGUGCCCUGUGUGCCACUACCAGACAGAUACAUUGUCUCCGAGACGAUCGUGUGCCAGACCGGGAUGGCUCAGGAGGUGUUUGCUGAUGUGGUAACAGUUAAUGUCAGCCGGGAAGGGAAGUCUCGGGAGCGGUACUCCUAUGUGCUUCCCAUGGUGCAGUCCAUAGCUCCCCAGAACGGCCCGAAGGCUGGAGGGACCAGAGUGACCAUCAGAGGCAGCUGGCUGGAUGUGGGCUCUGAGCUCCGCGUCCUUGUCAACAGCUCCAAGCAAUGCACGGACCUCAGCCGCAAUGACAGCACCAUCACCUGCAGUAUGCCGUCUGCAGAGCUCACCACAGCCGUGCGCAUCUGUGUCCAGUUCGAGAGCAGGUCUUGUGCCAGCCACAGCAUCACGUUCAAGUACGAGAAGAACCCGAUAGUAACAGACAUCAACCCAAAAAAGAGCCAAAUUAGCGGGGGCAGGAUCAUCACCGUGGAAGGAAGAGGCUUUGAGCUGAUCCAGAAUGCCUCCAUGGUGGUCCGUGGCAUUGGCAGAGAGCAAACGAGCUGUAAGGUUCACACCGACACUGUGAUCACCUGCCCUUCUCCAGCUGCCUCCAACAUCACUGCUGGGAGCAAGCCUGCUUCCGUCGACUUCUACCUCAAUGGCCGCCUCUACACAGAUGAUCACCCAGUUCUGGAUGAGGAGAUGUACCCGGAGGAGGCCCUGCACAUCAGCAAGUUCAGCCUGGAGUACUACGCUGACCCCCAGUUCUUCACAGCCAAGAAGGAGAAGUGGAUCAAGCACCACCCCGGCGAGCCCUUGACCCUGGUUAUACACAAAGAGCCUGACAACCUGGGCCUGGAGAGCAGCGAGUACCAGGUGAAAAUUGGUCUUAUCUCCUGUGAGAUCCAGAUUGUUUCAGACAAAGUCAUCCACUGCUCUGUCAAUGAGUCACUGAGCACUUCGGAAAGACAGCUGCCUGUGACGAUCCAAGUUGGAAAGUUCAACUAUACAAUUGCAAUGCUGCACCUUGGCGGAGGAGAGACUGCCAUCAUCGUCUCCAUCGUCAUCUGCAGCAUCCUGCUGGUCCUCUCUGUUGUAGCACUCUUUGUGUUUUGCACAAAGAGCCGCAGAGCAGAGCGCUACUGGCAGAAAACCCUGCUGCAGAUGGAGGAGAUGGAGUCGCAAAUCCGAGAGGAAAUCCGCAAAGGUUUUGCAGAGCUGCAGACAGACAUGACAGAUCUGACCAAGGAGCUGAACCGCAGCCAAGGGAUCCCAUUCCUGGAGUACAAGCACUUUGUGACCCGGACGUUCUUCCCCAAAUGUUCCUCGCUCUAUGAGGAGUGCUACAUUCUGCCUUCCCAGCAGCUCAGCUCCCAGGUGGGCUCCCAGGUCCAGGAAACCCAUCCGCUCCUGGUGGGGGAAUGGAAAAUCCCUGAGAGCUGCAGACCCAAUAUGGAAGAAGGAAUCUCACUGUUCUCUACCUUGCUCAACAACAAGCACUUUCUCAUAGUUUUUGUCCAUGCUCUUGAACAACAGAAGGACUUUGCUGUGAGGGACAGGUGUAACCUGGCCUCUCUGCUUACUAUUGCAUUGCAUGGGAAACUGGAAUAUUACACUAGCAUCAUGAAGGACCUCCUGGUGGAUCUAAUAGAUGCUUCAGCUUCCAAAAACCCCAAGCUGAUGCUGAGGAGAACUGAAUCUGUAGUAGAGAAGAUGCUCACCAACUGGAUGUCCAUCUGCAUGUACAGCUAUCUCAGAGAGACAGUUGGAGAGCCACUCUUCAUGCUGUACUGUGCCAUCAAGCAGCAGAUGGAGAAGGGCCCCAUUGAUGCCAUCACAGGGGAGGCCAGAUACACCCUCAACGAGGAGUGGCUCCUGAGGGAGAACAUCGAGGCAAAGCCAAGGAACCUCAACGUCUCCUUCCAAGGCUGCGGGAUGGACUCCCUGAGUGUCAGGGCUAUGGACACAGACACACUCAGCCAAGUGAAGGAGAAGAUCCUGGAGGCCUUCUGCAAGAAUAUCCCUUACUCUCAGUGGCCAAGAGUGGAAGACGUCGACCUGGAGUGGUUUGCUACCAGCACUGACAGCUACAUCCUGCGGGACCUCGAUGACACCUCGGUGGUGGAGGACGGCAGGAAGAAGCUCAACACAUUGGCACAUUACAAGAUCCCCGAGGGGGCAUCCCUGGCCAUGAGCCUGUCAGACAAGAAGGACGGCACACUGAACAGAGUGAAGGAUUUGGACACCGAGAAGUACUUCCACUUGGUUCUCCCAACUGACGAAUCAGUGGAGCAUAAGAAGUCCCACAGACAGAGCCAUAGGAAGAAAGUCCUGCCAGAGAUCUACCUGACCAGGCUGCUCUCUACAAAGGGCACGCUGCAGAAGUUCCUGGAUGACUUGUUCAAAGCCAUUCUGAGCAUCCAAGAUGACAAGCCGCCUGUGGCCGUCAAGUAUUUCUUUGACUUCCUAGAGGAGCAAGCAGAGAAAAGAGGGAUCACAGACCCUGACACCAUGCACAUCUGGAAGACCAACAGCCUGCCAUUGAGGUUUUGGGUCAACAUCCUGAAGAACCCCCAGUUCGUCUUUGACAUUGACAAGACUGACCACAUCGACGCCUGUCUCUCUGUGAUCGCCCAGGCCUUCAUUGACGCCUGCUCACUGUCCGACCUGCAGCUGGGCAAGGACUCUCCAACCAAUAAACUGCUGUACGCCAAGGAGAUCCCAGAGUACAGGAAGAUUGUGCAGAGAUACUACAAGCAGAUCCAUGACAUGCCACCACUCAGCGAGCAGGAGAUGAACGCACACCUGGCCGAGGAGUCACGGAAAUACCGGAACGAGUUCAAUACAAAUGUCGCCAUGGCUGAGAUAUACAAAUAUGCCAAGAGAUAUCGCUCCCAGAUCAUGGCCGCCCUGGACUCCAACCCCACGACAAAGCGCACCCAGCUCCAGCACAAAUUUGAGCAAGUGAUUGCACUCAUGGAAGACAACAUCUACGAGUGCUGCAGCGAAGCCUAGGCUGACUGCAGCCUGGAAAGUGAAACCUAGAGUACACUGAUGUAGGGAUCCUGCCUUGAUCACGGGGACACCUUGGUCCAUGUCCAUGAGGGUCAUUCUCAAACCAGCCUUGUGGCAGUGGUGGGUCUUACCUGCAGCCAGAGAGCUCCCUCACAUAUCAAGAAGCAACAAGACACCCUUUGUGCAGCUAGAAAACCAUCUGGUCAACACUGUGGCACCCAUGACUUACUGCUGCAAGCCAGAAAUGGAGGUGUGAUACCUGUGGCGAGCUCGGUUCAUCACCUCUCAGUAAUUUGUUCCUGAGCAGCUGGCUCCCCACAUCCCUGUCUGCAUUCCUCAUGGACAAGACCAGGCUGCAAAAGCCAUAAGAAAAGGGUGGCCUCAGGGAGUAACAAGCAGAGAUGGCAUCAGAGCAAUGGCAGAGUGCUCUCCAUUCCACAUCACCCCUCUGACAUCUGCAUUUCUCUGACAUCACGGACAAUCAGCUGUUCACUAUCUGCUGCAUUCUGUGUAUUUCUGUGCCUUUUAAUUUUUGUAUUGUAUGUGCAAACAUAACCACUCCUUCAUUUGAGAUUUGGGCAACCUAGGAAACUGGGGUGAGUUAAAGCAGUUGUUUCCUAUGUAGCUGGGGAAUGCUGAAAGCACUUUAUCCCCUAACAGUAACAGCUGCUAGCUGGCUGGAAGGAGUGCAUUGCACGUUGGUGUGGGAAAGACUGUUCUGCCUUCCCCCAGUUCUCCAGCCUUCAUGCAGUGAGCUGCAGUAUGCAGUAGGGUAGGCAGAUAUCCCCUAACAACCCACCCUCCAGCCAGCUGGGCACAGGCAUCACAUCCACCCGCAAGCAGUGAGCUGCCUCUCACUCCUCUCCCCCAUCCUACUGGCUGCGUACACAGCUACGGUUCUGCCUUGAGCUCACCUCACCAGAACAGUCCUCUGACAGAGCCACUUGCAGGGCAGAACAUCCAGGCACCAUCCUUCCUUCCUCUGUCCCACACACUGGUAUCUCACCAUGAUCAUCACCUAAAGCAGGUGCUGCAGAGGGCUGUUCCUAAAGCAGCUUGCUUUUCUUGCCUUGAAGCCAGUACACCAUGGUUACCACCCAAGAGCAACAAGAGCUUUUAUGACAUGUUCAGUUUGUCAGUCCUUAAAGGCAAGCAACACAUCCUUGCCCCUGUGACAGCAAGAUGCUCUCACUCAGACCAGCCAGCAGAGCAUGUCAGACAUCACAAAGUGCAAACAGAGGUAAGAAGCAUCACACUCCACACAGCGAUGCCAACAGAGUCCCACUGCAGAGACAAAAAAGACUUGUCUAAGACCCAGGAACUCCACUGCUGUCCUGCAGCAUCUGCUGGGGCCCAUCCCAGUCUGGCAUCCACUUCUUCUCUGCUAACAGCUCCUGUUCCACAGCCAGAGCAGCCAUGACUGCUCCAGUCUUCUCCAGCAUCACUCAGGCCCCUCUUCAGGGGCUGGACCACAUGUCUGAAGUCAGCAUUCCCAUGCAGACAAAGGCAGCCUGUCUGUGAAAGCUAAACCCAGCUGUAGGCACAUUUCCAAACUGCCAAAUAUAUAUUAAAAAAAAAAAAAAAAGUGACUACCUCACUCCAGGCAAUGUCUCAAGGUGAGCCUCCAUUACUCAUCCAGCUGGCAAGGAUGCAAUCUGGUCCACCAGACUCCUCCUGGGUGACUUAUGCCACAGGCAGGGAGUUACACCCCAUUGUUACCAGUAACAUCACAUCUAUCAGAGGAUAGAAAACCCAAGUUGUGUAUGUGUAUAUAGAUAUCUAUUUUAAAGCAAAUGAUAGACUUUAUCCAGUAUGUUAAAGGGGGUGUGGAGGGGAGGGAAAGAAAAGAGGAUUUGUUUGGAGUUUUGGGUUGUUUUUUUUGUUUUAUAAGAAAACUAUAGGAAAAGUACAUACACUGUAGAAGUUUUAAUGUCUUUGCUGAGGAUGUGGUUUCAGGAUAGAAACUAAUAAUGUAGCUGGGCUACAUUUUUAUUUUGAAAGUGAUUUCACACAAAAAAAAAUCUGAAUUUUUUUUCUUUAGAAACUGUGAAUAGUUGCCAUAGAUAUAGAUAGGCCCAGCACAGGGAAGGUGACAGUGAGAAGGACCAGGAUAGUAGAGAAUGUUGAGCUUGGCUGGAGAUGAGGAAAGGGCCAUGGAGCAACAGCCCCAUGUCAUGACAGGAAAAGGGCACGGGUGAGCCACUAGUGAGUGUGGUUUGACUGCAGGUGAUGUGACUGGGCCAUGUAUCGGGGUCUAUUGCUUUCUUAUUUAAUUCUUUUCCAAAGCAGAAAAAAAAAAAGAAACGCUGCAACCAUUCUAAAGAGGUAAUUUUAAAAGAGCAGAAGCUUGAGGGUUUGUAGUGCUGCCUUGAACCCCUGAGCCCUUUGUAAUGUUUUUAAACUUUGGCAUGUGUUGUGGGUAUAGCGCCCUUACCUGCUGUGUAGUGGAAGUGGCAGACUCUUGGAGAAACCUAUCUUUAUAAUAAAACAAGGUGCUGAAA